AUGUCUACAACUCAGACCAUUACAAAGCCCACUCAGCCUGAUAUCCAGUACCACCCCGACUGGACGAAGUAUCAGGCACGCUCUCAGCGCCGCAAGGAAACCGAGUCUUUACAGACAACUUUACCCGCAGGAUUUCCUGAAAAGCUUGUCUCUCCCCUUGUAUGGGAAGGGAAAGACAUUGAGAACCGCAGUGACUGGAUUUACCAACUCACUGAUGCCCAGCUUGAUGAAAUCGAUGCGGCUUUAAACAGCUUUAAAGCCCUCAAAAAGCCUCUGGGACACAUUAAUCAAUCUACCUUUCCUCUUCCCAGCCUUCAUUCAGCAUUGAGAGACCUUGCAAACGAGCUGCACAAUGGCCGAGGCUUCUUUGUCCUCCGAGGACUGCGCAUCGAUAGCUAUUCUCGGGAGGAUAAUGUUAUCAUAUACACUGGCGUUUCCUCGCAUAUAGGCAGUAUCCGGGGUCGCCAACAAGAUACAAGAUUGCAAAAUGGAACAUCUCCCAUGAUUUCUCACAUCAAGGAUAUUACCAAAUUGGUUGAGAAAGGAAAGAUCGGCGCUCCAUCGAACACAUCACAUAAGCAAGUUUUCCAUACAGACGCAGGGGAUAUCAUCUCUCUGCUGUGCCUAAGUCCUGCCGCUGAAGCAGGUGAAAGCUACAUCUCGAGUAGCUGGAACGUGUACAAUAUUCUUGCAAAGGAGCGUCCUGACUUAAUUCACACCCUUUCUCAAGACUGGCCUGUUGACGGGUUCGGUAAUGCCCAGAGACCAUACACCCUCCGUCCUCUUUUGUAUCAUCAAUCAGCAACAGACAGCACCCCCGAGCGCGUUCUCAUCCAGUAUGCCCGACGAUACUUCACAGGGUUUCUUGCGCAGGCCCGAUCUGCCGAUAUCCCUCCAAUCAGCGAGGCGCAGGCGGAGGCUUUAGAUACUCUGCAUUUCCUGGCAGAGAAGCAUCGUGCCACACUCGACUUUCAGAAGGGGGAUGUUCAAUAUGUGAAUAAUCUCAGCAUCUUUCAUGCACGAAAUGGAUAUAAGGAUGCGCCAGGCAAGGAACGACAUCUUUUGCGACUCUGGUUGCGGGACCCGGAGAACGCCUGGAAGACACCGGAGCCACUGCAGCAUCGCUGGGAUACUGUCUUUAAGGAUAUUACUGAGGAGGAACAGGCUUUCCCUCUUGAAGCUGGCAGCUUGCGAAAGACUGUUGGGUCCUAA